AGGUCUGUGGUGUCAACCGUGCAUGGGCGGAGCUGACUUAACCCACCCUUCACGGGAUCAGUGCAGAGCGCAGAGUGGAUGUUGGGCGAUAGCUUCGCUGACAGGACGGAUAAGCCGAGCGGUGCGCUCCUCCUGUCACUUGAAAUCUAUCGAACCGCAGAUAGAAGCCGGUGAGUCCGCUCUCCUGGGAGCCGGCAGCGAAGUCGGCACGGCGGCAGAGACUGAAAACUUUACAUCCAGUCCAACAAGGUUUUAUGGUGCAACGAUGAAGAAAGUUGGAGAAGUUCUCCCGCUGUUGCUGCUACUAGCCUUUGUGCCACAUACAGAUGGAACACGUCAUAGCUUGCCUGGCAAACCCACACAGAUCAGAUGCCGUUCUCCUGAAAAAGAGACCUUCACGUGCCGGUGGGAGCCAGGUUCUGAUGGGGGAUUGCCAACAACUUACUCUCUGUACUAUCGAAAAGAAGGUUCGGACGUAGUGCACGAGUGUCCCGACUACCGCACAGCUGGGCAGAACUCCUGCUUCUUUAACAAGAACAACACCGUUAUCUGGGUCAACUACAACAUCACCGUGGUGGCCACCAACGCGCUGGGCAAGACCUUCUCUGACCCUGUGGAUAUAGACGUGGUCUACAUCGUCAUGCCUCAUCCUCCAGAGAAGCUAGAAGUGACAGUAAUGAAGGAUCAAGGCUGGCCUUUCCUUCGAGUGUCUUGGGAUCCACCUCCUAAGGCUGACACCCGCUCCGGUUGGAUCACUCUAAUCUAUGAGCUCCGUGUUAAGCUGGAGGGGGAAACCAAAUGGGAGCAUCACCUUGCCGGCCAGCAGAAGAUGUUUAACAUUUUCAGCCUGCGCUCAGGUGGUACAUACCUUAUUCAGGUGCGCUGUAAGCCCGAUCAUGGCUUUUGGAGCGAAUGGAGUUCCACUUCCUACAUCAAAGUUCCCGAGUAUCUCCAUCGGGAAAAGUCUGUGUGGAUCCUCAUUUCAGUCUUUUCUGCCUUCAUUUUACUCAUCCUCACAUGCCUGAUACACAUGAAUAGCCGCAGUCUGAAGCAUUGCAUGCUGCCGCCCGUCCCUGGUCCUAAAAUCAAAGGCUUUGACAAGCAGCUUCUCAAGAGUGGCUUCAGCGCACUGGUGGUAUCUGACUUCCCCCCAACCACAUCUAAUUAUGAGGACCUGCUGGUAGCAUACUUAGAAGUGUACAUCCCAGAACAGCAGGAACCGAUGGUCGACAAAAGCACGGAUCUACAUGAUGGUUGCCUGAAAUCCACGGGCCACACAUCUGACAGUGACUCUGGACGGGGCAGCUGUGAUAGUGACACUCUGCUGAUGGAUAAGUGUGAAGUGGCAAAAGAGGAAGAGCAGCAACUAGAUCAGGAGGGAAGUCAAACUGGGACAGAGGCACAAGGGCACCAAGAACCCUGGGAAAAGGAAGCGAUGACAUGUGCUCGCAAAGAUAUCGUUAGCCCUGAUGCAUCAAGUGGGAAGGCUGAGACCUGGCCUUCUGUGUUUUCUCCAGUGCUCCCAUACAGCCCAGGCCCACGGGGUCCCCAGAGCUCACUUGAGAUGGCCAAACAGCACUGCCUUUCUGACAACCAGUUUCCUCCAGGCCCCUUAUGCAUGGGUCAAAGCACCAAAGAGGCUCUCCAAUCAAACUACUGGGAGGUCUGCUUUAACAAUGAGCAACCUCAUGCCCAGACAGAGGCCCAACAGCAACUCCAGGCCCACAGAGAUCUCAACGUCUCAGUUAAUGAUAAAAAAACACCUGCUGGUCUACUAUUGCCCACCCGAUCAACUGAUUAUGUUGAGGUCCAAAGGGUGAACAAGGAGAAUCUGGUGCUUCUCCAUCCCAUUCCUUCAGAUCAUGGCCAUGAAAGUAGCUGCCCCCCGACAGGCCAGGGGACCGAUUACAGCAAAGUGAAGAGGGUGGACAAUGGCAAUGUGCUGCUGCUCCAGAGAGACGUGGUGGAAGAGGAGAGCACGGAGACAAAUGCAGCAACCGAGAGCUGCUACACAUCUUACAUCACUACUGCCACUCAGAAGCCAACAACCUGCAGUCAGGCUGCCCUGCCGGUCCAGGAUGAAAGGGUUCUGACAGUGAGUGGGUAUGUUGACACUGCCACCAUGUUCUCCCUGCACACCUGCUAGAUGUGCCAGCCCAAGUGGCAGUAGUAGAACAUUGCGAGAUGUAUAUUUUAAGCAGGGACUGAAAGACUCAAAAAAAAAAAAAAAAAA